CUUUCGCAAAUAUUUGCAGAGUAGCCUGCUCAUAAUGGCGUAUAAAAGCAUGUGAAUCUAGAGUGUCCGGCAGACGGAGUUGUGCAGCGAAAGACCGGCGCCAUGAAGUCUCUCAGGCUCACAGCGCUUUUUGUUGGUCUGCUAGGAUGUCAUGGACUUCAUGCCGGCGAUGCCUUCGGCAUGGGUGGUUACGGAAGCAAUAGCUUUGGCUCUGGAGGAAGUUUCGGAGGUGGAUCCUCGGGACUCUUGGGAGGACAAAGUUUAUUUGGAAGUGGAGGUGGCUUCGGUAGUGGCUACGGUGGCGGCCUCGGCAGCGGAUACGGCGGUGGAUAUGGCGGCAGCUACGGCGGAGGUGGCCUAGGUGGAAACGGAUUCGGCGGCGGAUAUGGAAGUUCCCUAGGUGGAUAUGGCGGCGGACUGGGAGGUAGUGGCUUCGGCGGAGGUGACUGGUAUCAGGCAGGAGAUGACAGCCAAGGUCUUUCCGGCGGACGCUUAAGCAGGUUGUUUGGUGGCCGCUCAAGGAGACGCAGGUCCAGAUUCGGCCUCGGAAGUUACGGCAGUGGACUAGGGGGAGGUCAGUUUGGAGGAGGAUUGGGCGGUUUGGGUAGCUCGGGUAGUUGGGGUAGCCUGGGUGGCUCAGGAGGCUUGGACGGUCUGGAAAGCUCUCUAGGAGGCACGUAUGGCCAAGGUAGCAGUGGUUACUCCGGUAGAGGACUGAGGCGCCUCCUGCGACGCCUACGAAGAAGAAACCGAGGCUCAUAUGGCAGCUUGGACAGUGGUCUAUCUGGAGGAUGGGGCAGUGGUUCGUCCUUCGGUUCUGGCUUGGGAGGAUCUCUAGGCAUGGGUAGUAGCUUGGGAGGUCGAUAUAGAGGUAGUGGACUCGGUGGAGGAUUAGGAAGUGGACUUUUCGGUGGUAGUGGACUGGGAAGUAGAUUGUCCAGGCGCAGGAGGUCUCGCGGUGGCUUCCGAAGGGGAUUAUUCGGAAGACUUGGAAGUGGUGAAUUAGGAGGAGAUUACGAAGGUGACAGCAGCUAUGAUGGACUCGGCGGAGGAAGAAGUGGACUUUUUAGCGGCCGUGGAUUAUUCGGCCGUAGGAGGUCGGGGCGUCGCUCCCGAAUGGGAUUGUUUGGAGGCGGACUUGGAAGUGGUGGCUUCGGAGGAGACUACGACAGUGAAAGCAGCUGGGGCGGACGUAGCGGAGGACGAAGAAGUGGACUUUUUGGCGGCGGCGGAUUAUUUGGACGCUCCAGAAGUGGCUUAUUCGGUCGUAGGAGAUCUGGCCUUGGCUCCGAUGGUGGAUUGUUUGGAGGCGGACUUGGAAGCGAUGGAUUCGGAGGAGACUACAGCAGCGGAAGUAGUUGGGGCGGACUUGACGGAGGGCAAGGAGGUGGAUUUUUUGGCCGCAGUGGAGGCUCUGGAGGCGGCCUGUUUGGAAGUGGGCGUUAUGGCGGAAGUUCCAGUAGCGGAAUAUUUGGAAGGGGACUCGGAAGCAGUGGACUCGGUGGAGGCUACGGCAGCGGCAGUAGCUGGGGUGGCAGUUGGGGUGAUGGAUGGAAGCAGUAGUGUAACAAAUAAACGCCAACUUUCAAUGCUUGUAGAGA